UGGAAGGCUCUGAAACAUUCUCUCCACUCCUUGCAGGGCUGGAUGCAGCUCAAGGUGUGUGUCGUGGCCUGCGCCCUGGGCUGGGAGUCAGGAGACCAGCGUUCUGUUCCCGCCUCCGCCACCAAACAAUUGUGUGACCUCAGGGCCCUGCUGUCCCACCGCAGCACAGGAUAAAAUGAACAAGAUGAAAAACUUCAAGCGGCGGUUUUCCCUCUCUGUUCCCCGGACGGAGACCAUCGAGGAGUCGCUGGCUGAGUUCACAGAGCAGUUCAAUCAGCUCAACAACAGGAAGAAUGAAGACCUGGCACAAGGGCACCUGCAGAUGGGCCACCUUGGCAGGGGUUUCCGGGCAGAGCCAACCUCCAUUUCCCCCUCGGAGGUGGAAGGCCAGUCCCCGACAGCUGUGCGCUACCGAAGGAACAACCAGCGCCGCUUCUCCAUGGAGGAUGUCAGCAAGCGGCUCUCCCUGCCAGUGGACAUCCGUCUGCCCCCAGAGUUCCUGCAGAAGCUGCAGAUGGACAAUCCAGAGUUCCCCAAGACCUUCAGCAGGAUGUCUCGACGGGCUUCCCUCUCAGACAUUGGAUUUGGGAAGCUGGAAACCUAUGUUAAAUUGGAAAAACUGGGGGAGGGCACCUACGCCACUGUCUUCAAGGGGCGCAGCAAGCUAACUGGGAACCUGGUCGCUCUGAAGGAGAUCCGUCUGGAGCAUGAAGAAGGGGCACCCUGCACAGCUAUAAGGGAGGUUUCCCUGCUGAAGAACCUGAAACAUGCAAAUAUUGUGACCCUCCAUGAUUUCAUCCACACUGAGCGCUCCCUCACCCUUGUCUUUGAGUACCUGGACAAUGACCUAAAGCAAUACCUGGAUAACUGCGGGAACCUGAUGAAUGUGCACAAUGUGAAGAUCUUCCUGUUCCAGCUGCUCCGUGGCCUGUCCUACUGCCACAAGAGCAAGAUCCUGCAUCGAGACCUCAAACCGCAGAACCUGCUCAUCAAUGAAAGGGGGGAGCUAAAGCUAGCUGACUUCGGUCUAGCCAGAGCCAAAUCAAUCCCCACGAAAACAUAUUCCAACGAGGUGGUCACGCUGUGGUAUCGGCCCCCAGAUGUCCUGCUGGGAUCUACUGAGUACUCCACGCCCAUCGAUAUGUGGGGGGUGGGCUGCAUACACUAUGAAAUGGUCACUGGGCGGCCCAUGUUCCCAGGCUCGACUGUGAAAGAAGAGCUCCAUUUAAUCUUCAGGCUUCUUGGCACCCCUACAGAAGACUCCUGGCCCGGAAUCACAUCCAACGAGGAGUUUAAGGGUUAUCAUUUCACCCAGUACCAAGCCCAGCCCUUGAUAAAUCACGCACCCAGGCUGGACACAGAAGGGAUCAACUUGCUGACGAGCCUCCUCCUGUAUGAAGCCAAAUGCCGGAUCUCCGCCGAAGAGGCCCUGCGACACCCUUACUUCAAGGUGCUAGGGGACCGAGUCCAGCUCCUCCCUGACAAUGCCUCUAUUUUCUCUCUGAAGGAAAUACUGCUUCAAAAGGACCCUGGCUACCGAGGUUCAGCCUUUCAGCAGUCAGCCCGAGGGAAAGGCAGGAGGCAGAGUAUAUUUUAAACCUGGCUCUUGUUCCCUUUGUAACCAUGAAGAUCAAAGCACUUAGAAAGGAGAGGACUACAUGCUUCCACAGGACCCAUCCACAGAAUUACUGACUCUAAUAGGAAGAUACUGGAAUGCCCCUCUACCAUGGCUGCCAUCUGUCUGUCCCCCAGAAUCCCACUGCUGACACUAGUCAGCCACCAGUAGUUCUUAUAAAAGGAGCUCUGCCCCCAGUUGCUCAUUUUUCGUGUGACACUACCAAGAGUAAGCUACUGCAUUCCAUACCCGGGUAAGGUACUUUAUCUAGUGACUAGCUACGCUGGGAGUAAUCCUGAGCUCAGGAGACUUGUGUGCUGGUCUUAUUACAAUCCUGGUUGCUGCAGUACAGGAAGGUAAGCUGGAGUGCAGGCGGAGCGCAGAAUCUCAGAGGAUUGGCAGACAGCUGGGUUGUGGUGUGUAGUAUCGCAGAAGACGUUUCUGUGAAUGCACGGCAUGCCUGUGCUUGGGCAUCCUGCUAUAUCCACCAUUGGGGAAGUCUGACCUGGCAAGACAUAUUGCAGUGAAUGAAGGACAUGCUAUCACAAGCAGGGGACGCCCUACAGUGAGCCCCAUCCAGGGCUUUCUGACAUGAGACAUUUAGUUGGACUGAAACAUUUAACAAGGGAGAGCUCUCCUUCAGCCCCUCCCCCCAUGGUUAUCAACCAGGGAUCCCUCUUCCCCUCCCCAUUAUUUGAGCCUCAUGCACAGUUGCCAGGAUUGCCUGAAUGGCAGCCCCAAGAGGUCCAGAGGAAAGAGGCUGUUAAAGGGAAAAUGUAGAUUAGUUGGAUUCCUCUGAUCCCUCAGUUUCCCCAACAAACCCCCCUCCCCCCUUUUAUUUUCUAAGAUCUGAGACCUGGCUGCUGUCUAAAGACAUCCCUAAAGCAAGAGCACAGAGUGCUAUAGCACAGCUGGUAUUCAGGAUGCAGACUCUGUCAUUAGAUCCAUGCAAAAUGUUCCCCGGGAUGUCUCUCAUGCCAUGUUUCGUGGCAGUUCUGAGCCCCCCUGAUUUAGCUUUUCUGAGAAACCGGCGAAGUCCCAUUUCCCACAUCAAGAUCCUGCUGUGUUUCUAAUCCGCCUUGCACGGAAAGGUGCAUUUCCACUAGGAAAAGGACCCAUUUCCCAGCUAGCAGCUCAGGAAUUGCAGCAAAUGGUCCAGCCACUUGAGCCCAUCUUUGAGCUCAUGGCAAAACAUGAAAGAGCACAAGUAGUUUCACUGAUUGGUGCGAAUGAGCUGUGCAUGCACAAAGCUGUGUCAUUCCACCUUUGUGGUGGGCGUACAGAGGUGCUGACCAUACCUCUGCGAGGCUGUGGGAUCAUGAACCAACUCAAACAUAAAACAAGCUAUUAAGCAGAAAACAGACCCACCUUUCACCAUCUACCCGAUCCCCUAGGCCUGAGCAUAUUGUGUUGGCCCUGUCUAUUACACACAUUCUGCACUCAGUGGGACUCAAGUGCUUGCUUAAAUCAGAACAUGUGCUUAAGUGCUUUGUGUCUUUUCCUCCCCCUCUAUCUCCAGGCCAUGCCAAGUCCAUCUGGUACAAUAAGGACCUGCUCAAACCUUCCUCCAAAGCUCAAACCAAACCUGAAACUUUUUUUUUUUAAGUUUGAAUUUUUUGUUUGGUUGAUUGAUUUGGGGAUUGAUUUAUUUUUUUUAAGUUUUCAUCCCUGUCCAGCUACCUCACCCUGUCCGAUACCCAUCAUGGCCCAGCUAGCACCAGGAAAAGAUGGGGAAUUGCUCUGGAGAGCAUGCAUGAUGGGUUGGUAGACUGACUGUGGGACUGGUAGGCAGGAAGUCCUGAGUUCUAAUCCAGACUUUUCUACUCACGCACUGAGUAGUCUUGGACAGGUGAUAGCACUGCUCUGUACCUCUGUUUCCCAUCUGUCAAAUGCAGCUAAUAAUCAUUAGCUGUCUCACUGUGAGGCAAAGCAUAAGAUAGAAAUGGGCCUGGAUCUGAGCUUUGCCAAAACUUGAGGAGGUUUGGAUCCAAGGUUCCAGUGCAGGUCAGACUCUAAAUGUGAAGCGUGAUCAUCCCCAGGAGAUUCCCAGCCCAAUGUACACACCAAAGCAGUUUGGACCAAGUUAGGCUCAUCCCAGAUAAGCAUCCAGACCUGUAUAUUGUUUGAGAUUUGCCCGUCUCUGGUAGGUUUCUUUCGGUGUGUGUCCAGUAUACAGCAAGUUGGAGAAAACAUUGUUUCCAUCCAUUAACUCAUUCAGCACUUCACUCUGCAGCACGAGUGAUGUGGCCAACUGUUCCGCAUGCACUUAGAGAGUGUUCUCUGUGCCAGCUGCACCGGGUUUUCUUGUCAAGUGUAAGAGGGAGGUUUACAAAUAUUUGGUUGGUGUUAACUAGAGUAAGUUUUGACACCUGUUCGCCUGUAGUUAUCCUUUAACAAAGCUUUUUGCAUGAGAGUUUCCUAGGUAGAGCAGGAAUCUGUGCCAUGGGCUUACCCUUUCCACUGCAGACACCUCUAUUCGUGGGUGAGUAACUCAAUUGAUUGUUUACCCCAUAGAUGAAACUUCUCCUGUAGGCACUGGUUCAGCAAGGGACUUAAAUAUAUGCUCAGUUUUAAGCACCUGAAUAAUCCCAUUGAUGCUAUUGUGCCUACUCACAUGUUACAAGUUAGGCACUUUUUUAAGGAUCUGUGCUGACUUGGGGGCCAUAACGUCCCACCCUAGGGGUGAAUAUGGACCUAAUCCAUCUGCCCACUUGUGAGUUAUAGGGCCAAGUCCAUCCCCAGCCUGGGGACAAUGCUCCCCUAUGGGCUCCAUCACUGGAAUUUAGGGCACUUAUACUCAGUGCCAAUGUCUCUUGCUUAUUCUCCUACAUACCUCGUGUGUGUUCUUCCUGCUUUCAUCAGCCCCAGGCUCUGAGGACUCAUCUAGGCAUGGAAGCCUUGGUGAGCUAUGUUGUUACAUCUGUGGCCACCUCUGAAUCUCAGCUGCUACAAUGCUGUGCUUGGGGUUUGUUUGGAAUUACCAAGCCACAGCAAGGAUAGAACUCAGCACUUCCUGCUCCAAAGCCACAGACUCCUGCCCUCGGAGCUAAAAGAGGAUCCUCAUUGAGCUUUCUAAGUAUAGAGCCUAUGAAGCCCAGAUAGGCAGAUCUAGUUCCAUCCUGUAGAGGGCAGUGGAGCUGUGCCAGCACUAGAAGUUCUUGAUGUCCAACAUAGGGAGAAUAAUGAGGUUUUGGGGCAGCUAAUGAUUUGUUACACGGUUAACAAAGGCAACGUUUUCAUUGACUUUUGGGCAGAAGAGGAAACGGUCGUCUACCAGUGGUUGCAGUCUGUUUUCCAGGGGUGCCAAGCACCCGCUGCACCCACUGAAAUUAACUUUUGUCGAAAGUGCUCAGUGCCUCUGAAAAUCAGCUCUGUCUGACUCAGCUUAAAUCCUUCCAGCCUAGCGACCAACCUUCAGAUAAAGUACAGACCAGGCUUUAAGAAACCUUACAGGGAAGCAAGGGAUGAUGGCUUGGUAGGGUCAAUAGAAUCAAAGAAAUUCAAGGUGGGAAAAGAUGUUAUUAAGUCUGCUCAUCCAUCCCCCUUGGUCUUUUGGCUCCAACAACACAGGCUUCUACCACUGGUGCUAAAGGAGAGCUCCCUUAUCUGACAUCAGUAGCAGGCACUUUGGUCUCUGGAGAGCUCCACCUGUCUCAUGUACAAACACACCAGCAUAGUGCAUACCCUGCCUCCCACCCCAGUGCCUAUGGGGCUAAUUUUCAAAGGUGUUGCUGAGCAUCUGCAGCACCUGUUGGCUUCAGCUAAAUCAGUGGGUGCUCAGCACCUCUGGAAGUCUGCCCUUUCCCCAUCACUCUCCACUCUCCACUCCCUGGAAAUACCAGGGAGAGAAGAACAAGGGAGGCAAUGUCACUCACUGGCAUGGAGUCAUCCGGGCUGCAAAGUGGGACAGAAGGUUAUAGAAUGAUGGUGACCUUGCAGCCAGGACUGUUUUCUCCAGGUUCAGCACGUGAAGGAGAAAGUUAUCUCCAAGCCUGUAACCUGUUCACUCUACUCCUGCGUAGCUCUGUCCGUUUCCCCACAGACCCUUCCUGAAGGAGAUCUCUCUGGCAGGACAUUGUUAUUUAUUAGCCUAGUGAGCUGCUAGCAGUGUGAGUUUAAGAUAACACCUUUUGUUCCAUGGCAUUUCGGUGGGUGUUUACUCUUAUUCAGGAGAGUGAUAGCACAUGUAAAUAUUUGGCACCUCUCUGAGCAGGGUUUGAUUUAUAAUCCUCUGGCACUUGCUCCCUGGCAGGGCUUGGGAGGCUGAGUCCUGGUUGUGUGAUGUCUGAGAGUUCCUGCACAUGCUCUGCCUGUAAAUGCCUUCCAGACACCUACAUGUGAGCAGAAGCUUUUAGUCCAGUGGCAUGAGGACACUGGUCAGAUCCUGAGCAAAUGUAAAUUGCCAUGGCCCCAUUGAUGCUCGUGGUGAUAGAGCCAGAUAUAUAAUGGUAUUUAGGUGCCCAAAGAGGCAGAAAGGCUCUUACUGGGGUUUACAAAAGCUUCUAAACAGGUUAGGUGCUAAACUCCCAUUGAAAGCCAGUAGGCGAUAGGUAUCCAACUCAUUUGUAAAUCCAGCUAGGCACCUGUCUGCAUACUUAGGUGCCUCAAUAUGUUUAUAAAUCUGGCCCCUACACAGAUUUGCAUCCGCUGAGCAUCCAGUUCUGUCUCCUUUGGCAAAUUAAUCCAGUUCUGUUCCACUGUGCAUGUAGACCAUUGCAUUACUUUGAAUGUUUUCAAGGCUGAAACAUUGGUUGCAUUUUGUUUCCUAGGGUUUCACCGGGCAUUAUUUGCUAAUUCCAUGGUGCCGCUGAGCUGUUUUCAACAGGGAGAUGGCAAAUGCAAUUGAUAAUUUCAUAGAUUUAAGAACUAGAAUAGAGAUUUAGCCAGGAAUUGCUGACCUACCUCAUCUGUGUGACAAGAAGCAUGCAUUGUACUGUAAUAUGGUAUUGUCAUCAGCUAGCACACUUCAAGGCUGUGAUCGACCGGACUGGCUACUCUGGUUGGAGUAUCAGCAACAUUAUGGGAGUGCAUUAACUCAGUUGUUCUUGCUGCACAUCAAGUUCUUUGGGCCUGGUACUCUUCUCACUUAGCAAGGUGUAUAUCAGCCGACUAUGCUAAAGUCAGUGGAAUUACCCCAGUAUAAAACUGGUGUGAGUCAGUGGAGAAUCAAACCCUGUGUUACUAAUCCAGUAUUAGGUUUGCGAGCACAAGGAGUUCCUUGUUGAAAACUGGGUUUUGUUUAGCUCUGUGCCAGUCUAACAGCCAGUCCAGGCAAGGCUUGGAGAGAGUCUUAACCGAAACCUGCUCUAUCCCCAGUGAUAUGUGAACCUUUUCCCCUCUUGUUGCCAGCAAGUAGAAUUAAAAGGACCUAAGAAUGGCUAUACUGAGUCAGAUCACUGGUCCAUCUAGCCCAG